AUGGCUUAUGCUGCUGUUACUUCCCUUAUGAGAACCAUACAUCAAUCAAUGGAACUUACUGGAUGUGAUUUGCAACCGUUUUAUGAAAAGCUCAAAUCUUUGAGAGUUAUUCUGGAGAAAUCCUGCAAUAUAAUGGGCGAUCAUGAGGGGUUAACAAUCUUGGAAGUUGAAAUCGUAGAGGUAGCAUACACAACAGAAGAUAUGGUUGACUCGGAAUCAAGAAAUGUUUUUUUAGCACAGAAUUUGGAGGAAAGAAGCAGGGCUAUGUGGGAGAUUUUUUUCGUCUUGGAACAAGCACUAGAAUGCAUUGAUUCCACCGUGAAACAGUGGAUGGCAACAUCGGACAGCAUGAAAGAUCUAAAACCACAAACUAGCUCACUUGUCAGUUUACCUGAACAUGCUGUCGAGCAGCCCGAGAAUAUAAUGGUUGGCCGUGAAAAUGAAUUUGAGAUGAUGCUGGAUCAACUUGCUAGAGGAGGAAGGGAACUAGAAGUUGGCUCAAUCGUAGGGAUGGGAGGUAUCGGGAAAACAACUUUGGCUGCAAAACUCUAUAGUGAUCCUUACAUUAUGUCUCGAUUUGAUAUUCGUGCAAAAGCAACUGUUUCACAAGAGUAUUGUGUGAGAAAUGUACUCCUAGGCCUUCUUUCUUUGACAAGUGAUGAACCUGAUGAUCAGCUAGCGGACCGACUGCAAAAGCAUCUGAAAGGCAGGAGAUACUUGGUAGUCAUUGAUGACAUAUGGACUACAGAAGCUUGGGAUGAUAUAAAACUAUGUUUCCCAGACUGUAUUAAUGGAAGCAGAAUACUCCUGACUACUCGGAAUGUGGAAGUGGCUGAAUAUGCUAGUUCAGGUAAGCCUCCUCAUCACAUGCGCCUCAUGAAUUUUGACGAAAGUUGGAAUUUACUACACAAAAAGAUCUUUGAAAAAGAAGGUUCUUAUUCUCCUGAAUUUGAAAAUAUUGGGAAACAAAUUGCAUUAAAAUGUGGAGGGUUACCUCUAGCAAUUACUGUGAUUGCUGGACUUCUCUCCAAAAUCAGUAAAACAUUGGAUGAGUGGCAAAAUGUUGCGGAGAAUGUAAGUUCGGUGGUAAGCACAGAUCUUGAAGCAAAAUGCAUGAGAGUGUUGGCUUUGAGUUACCAUCACUUGCCUUCUCACCUAAAACCAUGUUUUCUAUAUUUUGCAAUUUUCGCAGAGGAUGAAGAGAUUUAUGUAAAUAAACUUGUUGAGUUAUGGGCUGUAGAGGGGUUUUUGAAUGAAGAAGAGGGAAAAAGCAUAGAAGAGGUGGCAACAACAUGUAUAAAUGAACUUAUAGAUAGAAGCUUAAUUUUCAUCCACAAUUUUAGUUUUCGUGGAACAAUAGAAAGUUGUGGAAUGCAUGAUGUGACCCGUGAACUCUGUUUGAGGGAAGCUCGAAACAUGAAUUUUGUGAAUGUUAUCAGAGGAAAGAGUGAUCAAAAUUCAUGUGCACAAUCCAUGCAGUGUUCCUUUAAGAGUCGAAGUCGGAUCAGUAUCCAUAAUGAGGAAGAAUUGGUUUGGUGUCGUAACAGUGAGGCUCAUUCUAUCAUCAGGUUGUGUAGAUUCAAAUGCGUCACACUGGAAUUGUCUUUCAAGCUAGUAAGAGUACUAGAUCUUGCUUUGACUAGAUGCCCAAUUGUUUUUCCCAGUGGAGUACUUUCUCUAAUUCAUUUGAGAUACCUAUCUUUGUGUUUUAAUCCUUGCUUACAGAUGUAUCGAGUAUCGAAAGAAGCUCUUCCCUCAUCAAUAAUAGACAUUCCUCUAUCGAUAUCAAGCCUAUGCUUUCUGCAAACUUUUAAACUUUACCUUCCAUUUAAAUCUUUUCAUCCUUUCAUAUUACCAUCGGAAAUUUUAACGAUGCCACAAUUGAGGAAGCUGUGUAUGGGCUGGAAUUACUUGCGGAGUCAUGAGCCUACAGAGAACAGAUUGGUUUUGAAAAGUUUGCAAUGCCUCCAUCAAUUGAAUCCUUGGUAUUGUACAGGGUCUUUUUUUAGACUAUUUCCCAAUUUAAAGAAGUUGAAAGUAUUUGGCGUCCCACAGGACUUCCGCAAUCGCAAGGACCUGUAUGAUUUUCGCUACUUAUAUCAGCUCGAGAAAUUGGAAUUUGAGACACAUUUGGGGGGAACUGCUCCAACUUUACUCUUACCUCCUCCAGAUGCUUUUCCACAAAACCUUAAGAGUUUAACUUUUAGAGGAGAUUUCCUUUUGGCAUGGAAGGAUUUGAGCAUUGUUGGUAAAUUACCCAAACUCGAGGUCCUUAAAUUAUCACACAAUGCCGUCAUAGGCGAGGAGUGGGAAGUAGUUGAGGAAGGGUUUCCUCACUUGAAGUUCUUGUUUCUGGAUACCGUAGGCAUUCGGUACUGGAGAGCUAGUAGUGAUCACUUUCCGUACCUUGAACGACUUUUUCUUAGAGAGUGCGAGUAUUUGGAUUCAAUCCCUCGAGAUUUUGCAGAUAUAACCACACUAGCUCUUAUUGAUAUACAGUACUGUCAACAAUCUGUUGGGAAUUCCGCCAAGCAAAUUCAACAGGACAUUCAAGACAACUAUGGAAGCUCUAUCGAGGUCCAUACUCGUGAUCUUUACGAGUAG